CCCAGGGCUGCGCGGAUAAGGCUUAAAUACCCCCUCCAGAUAGCUGCUCGGAACAAAACCGCCCGCAAAAGCAAAGAUCAACAUAAGGAGCCAUGGCGGAGCCAGCAUCAACCUGCCAAUCCACAUCUACGACUCCAUCUGCGACUCCAGAGAUGGACACUCCGAGUUCCUCGACCUCAAACCUCUCAGACGAUGGCAUCCGCCUCUCGCCCAAGGGAAUCUACCUGACCCUCAGUAAACUAGGUCAACACGAGAAAUACCACUGGGCCCUGCUGGUCGCCAACUCACCCACCACUGGCACAAUACUGCAGCAGUUCCGGCCCAACGAUGAAUCGGAAUGGCGGUAUAUAGUUCAACCCGGAGACGUUACUCUUUCUCGGGACAUGCUGGUUGCGCUCAAGGUGGGCGAGCUACCUGAUGUCAACGCCGAGUGGAUGGCGGCGGUAGACGAAUGUGUGCGAUCUUCAAGCAUACGGGAGUCAGAGAAGUUUUCUUGUCGGGCCUGGGUGAUGGGCGCCAUCUAUGCGUUGGCGGAUGGCGGGUUUAUUGAUCUGGAGCCAUGCUGGAUGAAAGUUGGAAUGGUUGAGGAAGAGGCAAAGGCGUUGGUGGCUGGUGCUACUUCGCUGGAUACAUACAUGGUCGUUUCGAGAUAUGCCAUGCUGUAG